UUAAGAGUUGUAAACCGCUUAUUAGAGGAAUGGAGCCUACGCUGGAUACGUAUAAGCUUAGCUGUGAGCUGUUUGGCCACAGCUUAGAUGUGCGCGCUGUUGCCGCUGGUAGCGUCACGCCCGAGGGUCAAAUUAUUUUGUCUGGGUCUCGCGACAAGAGUACAAAGCUGUGGAAACCAAUUGGCAACGAGUAUAUUGAGAGCCUGACGCUGAAGGACCACAAAAAUUUCAUAUCCUACAUAUAUUUCCAUACCGCCGAGCAGUGGAUUUGCACGGCCAGCAAUGACGCGACAAUUUGCAUCUAUAAGCAAGACGGCUUUCUGCCCCUGCUUACGCUUAAAGGUCACGAGUCGACCGUUUGUGCCUUGUCUGAGGGCCUGAAGCCGCGCAGUCUCAUCAGCGGCAGUUGGGACAAAACGGCUCGUGUGUGGACCAUAGGAGAAACGGGCGAAGCUACGACCGUGUCUCUCAAAGGGCACGAAGCAGCCGUCUGGGCUGUGGCCACUCUGAAAACGUAACAAAAGUACGUGACCGGUGGGGCCGACAAGUGCAUUUACUACUGGAACGAGAAGGGCGAGAAGCUGCGUCUGCUCAAGGGCCACACCGACUGCGUUCGCGGUCUGAUUGGCCUAGAGGCCAACACGCUACUCUCGUGCGGCAACGAUGGCGUCCUGAACUUCUGGAACGAGGAGGGCGAGUGCGUGCGCAAGCUGGCCGGGCAUACCAACUACAUCUAUGCCAUGGCCCGAAACCAGGCCUUGGGCGACCAGGUCGUUGUCUCCUGCGGCGAGGACAGCACUCUGCGCAUGUGGAAUGUAAUAACCGGUGAUGAGUUGGGCGAGCCCAUUCUGCAUCCGGGAAUAUCGGUGUGGUCAGUGGCGUGCCUGCUAAACGGAGACAUUGUCACGGGCUGCAGCGAUGGCGUCGUCCGAGUCUUUAGCAAAGACCCAGCGCGUCAAGCAAGCGAGGCCAACCGAAAAGCCUUCGACCUGGCCGUUGCCACUCGAAAGUCGCACUGUGCCUGACUGGGCCAAGGGAGUGCCCGAGGAGCGAUGGAAGCUGGAGCUGUUGGAGCGCAUAAACAGCCGACAGCAGCCCGCUGCUAAUUCGAAGCCAGCAGGCACAGAAGAGGCGCCU